AUGGCUCUUCGCACGCAAUUCACGACCAAGUUCGCCGCUCUCACCGCCGCACGCACCCGCUCCGUCGCUCGCUCCACGACGAUCAGACCGAUGGCUCAAGUCACAAUCACCGAAGGCGUUACUUUCGACACCGUCGCUCGCGAGUGGCGAUGCAAGUGGAGCGCCGACGACGACAAGGCGUCCCUCGCCGCGGCGCAAAAAGUGCUCGAAAAGCACUUGCCGGCGAUGAAGGCCAAGGGUAAGGUCCAACGCACCGUGUGCGGCGGCUGCCUCGACUUCAAGGUUUCCACCGCGUUACCUGCGGGCGAUUUUGGCGCGUGGGAAGAAGCCGGGUUCGCCCCGGAAACCGAUUUCCUCGCCGAGCUCGAGGCGAUCCCGGGCAUCUCCAACGUCGAGACUCAAACGUUCACCCUCAUGCCCAUGUAA